AUGCCACCGGACGCGCGUCUCGCGCACGCCCGCGCGUUCUUCGACCUCGACCCGGCGACAGCUGUGGACGCGUUCGUCGCCGACGACGAACUCGAUCCCGCGCGGCUGGCGACGGAAGUUUUCGAGCGUUUAUUCGUCGCGGGUUUAGACGAAUCGACGGACCCGCGCGGCGCCGUCGCGGUCGGGGCGGCGCGAUACCUGACGCACGCGGUGGCUCGUGGACGUGGCAAGGUGAGUAUCGUCGAUCGCCGCGUCCACGACCUCGCCCUCCGCGCGUUCUGCCGUGUGUAUCCGGCGGAUCCGAGUGUGCUGAUUGGGUACGUUCGCGACGGCGCCGGGACGGAUUGGAAGACGGGCGAACCUCUGUACGACUGCGCCGUGGCGACGGACCUGUGCGAACGGGUCGGGGCGGUCGAGGUGGUGAUAUGCGUCCACUGCGACCGCGGCGACCACGACGCGGCGCUCGCGCUCGCCAUGGCCACGUCGGACGACCUCGCGCUGGCCAAGUCGGUUCUGGACAGGGCGGGUCGUCGGUCGCGGUCGCGGUUCGGAGCGAGCCGGCGAGAUAUCUGGAGGAAGAUCGCCGCCGGGGUUGUGGCGAGGGGAUUCGGCGCGAAGGUGACCGAGGCGGACGUGGUGGAAGCCGCGGAUGCGCUCAGGAAGUACGAGGAGACGUUCGGAACACGCGGCGGGGGCGAGGGCGCGGAUGGGGAUGGGGACGUCGAGGAGGAGGAGCGGACGGAUCCAAAGUUGGUCGAGGAGGAGGAGCGGACGGAUCCAAAGUUGGGAACGUCGCGCCGCGCCGCCGAGGCGUACGCGGUGUCCCGCGCGUGCGCCGCGUCGAGUUCGUACGGGGACCCGUCCGUUCGUAAGCGGGUCGUGGACCGAAUCGUCUCGCUCGUGGAGGAAUCCGACGGCGAGCUCGGCGUGGACGACGUCCUCCCGUUGUUCCCCGACUUUCGCGUCUUGGACGAGUGGCGCGACGCGGUGUUGAACGAUCUCGCGGCGAGGGACGGGCGGGUGGACGCGCACGUCGCCGCCGCCGCCGAGGCCAGGGCCAAGAUUGACGCCGCCAAGAGGACGCUCGAGGAGCUGCGGACGCGCGAAGCGGUGAUUGGAUGGGACGAGCCGUGCGCCCGAUGCGGCGGGUCCGUGUCGUCGCCGCCGUUUUCGUUUCAUUCGUUCGCGUCCGAGGGGAACGACCCCGACGAUGUGGACGAGCGGUGCGAUCUGCCCAAGCUGUACGUGUUCCCCUGCGGCAUGUGCUUUCACGCGACGUGUCUGUUGGAGUCCGCCGUGCCGCGGCUGGGUCGGCGGAGGAGGGCGGAGGCGACGGCGCUCAUGGACGCGAUCGACGUUCCGCUCACGUUUGGUCUCAGGGAGAUGCGACGGAGGUUGAGGGAGAAGGAUGGGAAGGCGAGGGAGGGGGUCGUCGGCGACGGUGGCCCCGAGCGCGAGGGCGCGGAUGCGGUCGCGAGGUUAGACGAGAUCCUGCGCGAGCGGUGUCCGUUCUGCGGCGAGGUUGAGUUUAGCGGAUAGACUUUUGGCGGAUAUUUUUGGUUAGCGAACAAACUUGUUUC